AUGACGUUUAUCAACCCUUCAUCAAUAGCUAAAUAUAUUCCAAGUAAACAAUUCCAAGAAUAUGUUCCUGAUUGGAUAGUAGGUGGUUUACUUUUAGCAUUUUUCUUUUUAGUUGCUGAACAUGCCUUACCAUUUCAAAGACAAUUCUCAUUAGAUGAUUUAACAAUUUCCCAUCCAUUUGCAGUACAUGAACGUGUCACUGGCAUUCAAUGUAUAUUAUUAGCUUCUUUAAUUCCUUUUUUCACCAUUAUUAUUGUAAUGUUGGUAAGAUAUAGAAAUGGUGCUUUCACUUCUCAAUAUCAAGCAUUACAUUAUUUACAAGUUAGUAUUUUAGGGUUACUUAUUUCAUUAAGUUUGAAUGGUGUUAUUACAGAUAUUCUUAAAGUUUGGAUAGCAAGACCAAGACCAGAUUUCUUAGAACGUUGUGGACCUAAACCCGGCACUCCAAUGCAUACAUUAGUCGACAUUAGUGUAUGUACUGGACCAUUAGGUGAAUCUGUUCUUAUAGAUGGAUUAAGAUCCACUCCAUCAGGUCAUUCUUCAAUUAGUUUUAGUGGAUUGUUAUAUUUAACAUUAUGGUUAUUGGGUCAAUUUAAAUUGUUACAACCAAGAUCUUCAUCACGUUAUAUUUAUAACUAUUUGGUUGUAUUUUCUCCAUUGUUAUUGGCUACUUAUGUUGCUUUGAGUAGGACUCAAGAUUAUAGACAUCAUUUUGCUGAUAUUAUAUUGGGAAGUUUUUUGGGUAUAACAUUUGCAUGGUGGUCUUAUCAUCAUUAUUUCAACACUCUUGUUUCUGAAGAUUCAGAUAAACCAAUUCUGGAUGAAGGCUCUACUGAACUGUUAUUACCACGUUAA